GCAAACAUAGACGCAGGGCUGUGCGCUGUACGGUUAUAAAAAGGUUGACAUUGUUUGGACUGUAACUGGACUCCAGCGGGCUGCAGCAUGAGCCUUAAUAACAGGACAAAACACAACUAUUCUUAGAUCUUUUGUUGUGCUGACGGCCCUGAGACGUCCGAAAUCAAGCUGACGACAUGUGGAAGGUCAAACAAAAAGCUGGAACAAUAUGGAAAAGUCAAGAAAGUCCUCCAAAAUCGUAUCCUAAGGAGAUGAGGUACAAGCCCCUUUUGGAGAGCCUGGCUCCUCCCGACCCCAUGUCCCAGUUCAACCUGAAGAGAGGUUCCCCAGAGGAGGAGUUUCCUAACCUGGCCAGGAACUCCACCUGGAUGGGACGGAUUCUCACGCUGGCCAUGUACCAGAGACAGUUCAACCGCUGCACCGAGAGUGGAGUCAUCUUUGAUGACGUGCUCCGUCCCGGCAUCGAGGAACCAGGUGACUGCUCUGAUCCCGUGUCGGUGGGGUGUGUGGCCGGCGAUGCUCAGUCCUACAUCCUGUUCUGCGACUUCUUUGAUCGGGUCAUCGAGGCCUAUCACGAACACAAGAUCAGCAGCCAGACGCCAGAGAGCGACUUCAACUACGACAACUUAAAGGGGGGCGAUGACUUUGACAGGGCGUAUGCCGUACGCUGUGAGGUCAGUGCUGUUCGAGGCAUUGAAGACUUCUGCUUCCCCACACACUGCAGCCGAGGAGAGCGCAGACAGCUCCUCUCACUGGCCAGGAAAGCUCUGCAGGGCCUGGAGGACGAGCUGCCAGGACGCCUGCUCCUACUGGAGGAUCUGACCCAGGACCAGCAGACACAGCUGGACCUGAAGCCUCCGUCCUCCCUGCAGCUCCGCAGCGGCGUGGCCCGGGACUGGCCCGACGCCCGAGCAGUCUGGUGGAGUAAAGACGGCAGCUUGGUGGUUUGGGUCAACAUGGACGACCACCUCAGGCUGGUGUCGAUACAGGAAGAUGCAAACGUGGCAGAAGCUUUUAAAUGCAUCUGCAUCAACCUGCAGAAGCUGGAGCAGCGCUAUAAAGCGCUCAGGCACCCUUUCAUCUGCAAGCAGCAGCUAGGAUGGGUGACGAGUUCCCCCGCUGACGUUGGGACAGGUCUAAGGAUCAAUGUCUACCUCAAACUCCAACACCUUCCUCAGAACAAGCGUCUGCGGGACGUCCUAAAGCGGCUGAGGAUUUGCAUGAACAAAACAGCAGACUCCCCAGCUCUGUACCGUGUGAGCAACGCUACGACCUUUGGCCUGAGUGAGGUGGAACUAACUCAGCUGGUGGUGGACGGAGUCAAACUGCUGAUCACCAUGGAAAAGAGGCUGGAGGCCGGCAGAGAGAUGGAGGAACUGGUUCCCACACAGAAGUAGGACUGAUGAUCGGUCUGUGUCUCUCAAAGUAACCAGAUGUUCCGCUGGAUCUGAAGGAAAAUGAAUAACACCCACACACUAGCAGACUAUAUAUAUUCUAUAAUCUGCCCUUGAAAGAGUGGUCUUAGGCCGAUCGCUCUUGGUCACAAUCUUUCUGGUGGAAUGUAAACAAGAUGACUCUGCCCCCCACUAACCCUCCCCCUCUCCCACGAACACCUGCGGAUCCCUGUUGCAGAACUGUACCGAGCCGCCUGAUAACAUCAAGGACAUUUGGCUGAGAGCAGCUCUGGGCGGAGGUUCACGGACGGACUCAUCGCACACACCACCGCACACACACACACACACAGUCACUGAUAACCCCCCCCCCCCAAUCUUCAACGCCUUCCCUGGCUCCCCUCUUAUCAGCCCCCCUGACAUGGACGUCGAGUUCGGGCGCCACGCUGCCGCGGCCCUCACUUGGAUGAACUGUGCCGGGAUCCCCCUCCCCGACUUGCCCACCCCCCAUACCCACAAGCUAUGAUGUUGUUAAGUUGUGUGUAUGUUGCUUUUCUGUGCUGAGGUGUUUUUUUGCACCUUGACACUAGGUAUUAAUACACUGUGUGAAGAUGCCUUUUUUUCCCCCUUCUCCCUCCAUCCCAGUGUCACCCUUCCUCUAAAAAUGGCGUCCGUAUUAAUGGUGCCAUCGGUGUGAACCGGAGUCAAGUUCUCUCGUCUGAUUUAUGUCUGACUUGGCAAUAAAGCUUUUUCUGAUUCUGAUUCUGAUUCAGAUAUAUAUAUAAAAUUGUAUUGGAAAGUUGGAGAUUUUAACAAAUGGAUUAAAUGGAGACAAGCUAUUUUGGAGGCUGCCCCUGAUGAAAAAUAAUGAAUAAUGUUUCUGCAAAAGCUUCAACAGGAACUUUGAAUGCUGGCGCUUUUGUACAUUAUACCUCUGAGUUGGUUCAUCACUAUGGAUGUGUGACCUAGUGGUGUAAACCGACCCAACUGGGAUGGGAAUCCAAGGUUAAUUUUUGGCGGGACUUGUUGAUUGCAGGGAUGGAGGGCGGCGUGAGCUUAAUUAUACUUCCUAAAAGAGAGAAAAUAUUCCUUUGUGUGGAUUUAAUUUUCAACAUGAUAAAAGUCUUCUGUUAAAAUACCUAAGUACUGAGAUACCAAAUUGAUCAGCGCUACGACUACCUCAGCAUACAAACAAAUGGAAAACGGAUGAGUAAAGUCCUGCAGGAGUGCUGAUCACUUUCAUCAGGGAAUUACCUAAAUGACGCCUUCAUUCUGAUCUGACACCUGACAUGUUAGAUAAAGACACAAACAUCAUCUGUCCAUUGUUCUUUCAUUGUUUAUUUAUUUGAUUAUUUAUGUCAGAUGGGCAUUAAAUGUGUUUGUGAAAUGUAUUUACUUACUCCUAUUUUAUCUACAAUGUGUCAUGCCUUAUUUAGACAAAUACCAAGGUGUCAUCAGCAAAGGUUUUCUUCUGUCACUACUGAGCCACCUCCGUCCCGGCAGCCCGCCGUCUCUCCGUAGGCUGGGGGGUUAGAAAAGGACGUUAUCAGGGGAGUGAUAAGGUCUUUGUCAGUUGUGCCACUACUCUGUUACCAAAAGGCAACUUGUUCAAAGAGACUUCAAGAGUUGCCAAAGACUUAGGGCCAACCCCAAUGUUCACCCUACUUUCUACCACUAGCCCUCACCCACUACCACUUCACCCUAAAAUUGAAGCCACAGGCGUAGGGCCCUUGUAAUCUUCCCUAGGGAUUGGGACACCACUUGCUACGUCACUGCGUGGUUUACGUUCGGGUACGUAAGUGACUGCGUAGUUACGUUUGCACAUACGUCACACCAUAUCAGGAAGCCCAGAGAUAAAAGCUGUUUUAAUUUCAGCUGUAGCGCUGUUAAUAUGCCACUUUAUUAAGUUUUAAUAUUUUUUCAGGCGUAAAAGUAACCGUUAAGAUCCCCAACCUGGGCUCAGUUUAUCCAAAUAACGCCUGUUAAGAAAUUUGCUCCGAUGUUUUCAGGGAUGACAAGAGCCACCGGCGAUUUAUGGUUCCGCGUUAAAUCGACGCAGAGCCUACGUAGGUUCUGCGUUGGUGUAACACGGAACCAUAAAUCAGCCUUUAUUCUGGCGAGAUCUGAAGAUACAACGCAACAACGAGCAAGCGAGUGAUUAUGUACAUUCACUGAGUGAAUAUUAUGAACGUAAAAUCUAUAUUUCUCGCUAGAAAUGUAAUCAAAACGCAUUUUUAUGCAGAAAUUAACUCAAAAUAUUGAUUUUAUUCACUAAAAAUGAGAAAAUAUCUGCCAUGUUUUUUUGUUUGAUUCAGUCUGUAAAUGAUGACGUAAAGCAUUCUGGGAAAUUUCUCUAGCCCUCAGUCGGCGAGUCAGUAUCUGAAAUCCCUCACUGUGAAGGGUUAGAUUCAUACACACUAGCCCUUGUUAUGUCCACUAGCCCUACAUGCAAAGAGGAAUUGGGACACCACUACCCUCACGGGAACGCACAAAAUUUAGGGGUAGGACUGAAAAGUAGGACUAGGGGGGGAUUGGGACUGGGCCAUAGUAGGCUCUUUGAACCUGAGAACCGAGCUUUUUGGAAGUGAGACAUCCUCUAAAAUGAUUUGUUGAGACUGAUUUCUGGGCCACAAAAGAAGAAAUAGAUGUAAGUAAUGACACAGAGACACGAGAUGAACCUUGUGUCCUUGGCGGUUGGGUUUUGGUUCUUUUGUUUGUUUGUUUUAAAAAAAUAAAUUUCUAUCUGUGUUUAUA